CAAGCGCCUCUAGUGGUAACAGUUGGAAGGAAUAACGGUUUGUUUCUGAGCGACGGAAGUGUGAUAUUACUACCUCGUAAAUUAAAAAACAAAAGUAAAAAUAAAGCACAAUCAUGACAGAUGUACAAGAUAGAAAAUUAAAGGAUUUGCAGAUGAAAAAUGCCAGUAAUCAGAAAUUAUCAGAAGGAGGAGAUAGAGAUAGUUCUCAAGAAAGAAAAAUGAGAUCUGUUAUAAAUCAGAAAUUAGUGGAGAGUGGAGAGCGUGAGAGGUUAAAAGAAUUAUUAAGAACUCGUUUGGUUGAAUGUGGUUGGAGAGAUCAGCUUAAAGCUUAUUGUAAAGAUAUUGUAAAAGAAAAAGGAGUUGAAAAUGUAACAGUUGAUGACUUAGUAGCAGAAAUAACACCAAAAGGACGAGUUAUCACUCUUGGGUGCCUUAUUUGACCAAUUAGGAAAGCACUGUGAAUAAUGUGGUUGGGUGCUCUACUGGAAUUUGUCAAAUUUGCAAAAGUGGCAGGAGUUGAUAGACUAUUAGAUGAAUUUUUAAUGCUGUAGGGUUAAUACAUAAUCCAUAGGUAAGAAACUAUGGUAGUUUCUAAUUAUUAAAUUUAUUACAAAAUGGAACUUAACACUUCUAGACCCAAGUUAUGUUAACUAUGAGAUAGAAAUAACCUUUAUUUUUGACAAUUUUUUGGAUAUUUCUAA